AUGAUGGUGUAUGAGACCGAAAAUGACAUUAUCGUCAUUGAUACCGGUUUCAUGCUACCGAAUGCAGACAUGCCCGGUGUCGAUCUGAUAUUACCAGACAUCCACUAUCUGGUUGAACGAAAAGAGAAGGUUCGCGGUAUCCUACUAACCCAUGGACAUGAGGAUCAUAUUGGUGCCUUAUUCUACGUUCUACGGCAGUUAGAUGUACCGGUUUACGGCACGCAGCUUACGCUCGCGAUCGCGAGUGGCCGGUUACGUGAAUACAAUGUGCUCGGCAAGGCACAACUCAAUACGGUUGCCCCCGGCGAUACGGUCGAAUUGGGUGAUUUCUCAGCGGAAUUCAUCCAUGUUACACAUAGUAUUCCAGAUACCGUAUCAAUCGCACUACGCACACCGGUCGGCGUUAUCGUCCAUACCGGUGAUUUCAAGUUUGACAUGACCCCUGUCGAUGGCAAGAUGAGUGAUAUUCAGACGCUCGCGCGUUUGGGUUCAGAGGGUGUCCAUCUGCUCAUCUCCGAUAGUACAAACGCAGAGCGAUCCGGGCAAACUCCUUCCGAGCGAAGCAUCUAUGGGACGAUAGACAAUAUCUUUCAGAAAGCGGAUCAGAAGUUGCUCCUCUGCACCUUUUCUUCGAGUCUACACCGUAUCCAGCAAUUCAUCAAUCUGGCAAAUAUACACCGGCGGCUCGUCGCUGUUACCGGACGCUCUCUCAUCAACAAUGUGCGUAUCGCUUCCGAACUCGGUUACCUCAACCUGAACCCGGACUAUCUCAUUGACGCUCGCGAUGCGUCCACGUUCAAAUCGCACGAGGUCAUGAUUUUGUGCACCGGCAGCCAAGGUGAACCCCGCUCUGCCAUGUCACUGAUGGCACUUGAUAAUCAUCCGUUUCUAAAGGUAGAACAUGGCGAUACCGUCGUUAUGUCCGCAAGAAUCAUCCCCGGCAACGAAAAGGCUAUCGGAAACGUCGUAAACCAUCUACUCAGACGUGGCGCGAAGAUAUACCAUGAACGCAAUGCAAAUGUCCAUGUAUCAGGGCACGGCGCGAGUGAAGAUUUGAAGUUGAUGCUUAAUCUUUUACAGCCUAAGUUUUUCAUGCCGGUGCACGGCGAAUAUCAAAAUCUAAUGAGGCAUGCCGAACUCGCCGAGUCUGUUGGUAUACCGAGUGAGAACAUUAAAGUCGCUGAAGAUGGCGAACUUAUUCGCCUCACACCUGAGACAUGCAAAAUCUUUGGACGCGAGGGACGUUCUGGACGCGUGCUUGUUGAUGGGAAACCCGACAUUGAGCUUGAGGAUAUCGUCCUACGCGACCGUAUCCAACUCUCCGAAGAGGGUAUCCUCGUCCCUAUUAUUGUCCUGCACAGUGACAUAAAAGCAGAUACAAGCGGCACAGACAACGGAGGUAGCUCGGAGAACAUGCCUACCGGAAUUGGGGCUGUUGAUGAAAUUAUACAGACAGACCUUCCGCCCAAAACGGGAUUGAACGCCGGACAGAUAGAAAUUAUCUCGCGCGGGUUUGUCUACAUGGACAAAUCCGAAGAGCUGAUAGAAGAAGCGAAAGAGAUUACGCGGCGCGUGGUUGAAAACCUGAGCGAUGAACAGAAGCACGAAACGCAGGUAGUCCAAGAUGAGAUCCGAAGCGCGCUCCGCCGGUUUUUCUCGAAACAGAUGCAGCGGACCCCACUCAUCUUUCCCGUCGUUAUGCGGGUGUAG